AUGGAUGAUUUUCGAUCAAAACAAAAUCGAAAUCAAGCCACUGAAUCAUCAUCCAAAACAACAGCAGCUGCUGCUUCUUCUUCUUUUUCGUCUAUUACUAAUGAUGAAAAUCAAUCUGGCAAUGGAUUGACUAUUGAAUAUUUUCAAAUACAAUUAAUUUUGGAUUGUCUAUUAAGAAUAGAAUAUAAUUCAAAUGAUCAUGAAGAACUUAUUGCUAUGUGUUAUGAACAAUUCAACGAUAACCGCAAUGAAUUACGUAUGUUAAGUGAAUUUAAAAAUAAAUAUUCAUCUAAUCGAGCUCUAUGGUGGUAUCUUCAAGAAUGUUUUCUAUAUAAAAUAUUAAAUUAUUCUCUUGAAAGUCAAGAUAUUCGUAAUUUAUUUUUAUUUCGUGGGAUACUUCAUGAUAUUCAACAACAAAUGCAACAACAUAAAUGUACAACACCACUUCAUGUUUAUCGAAGUCAAUUGAUACCAACUGAAUUACUUGAUAAAUGGAUAAGUUCAGUUGGACAAUGUAUUGUUAUAAAUUCAUUUCUUUCAGCAACAACAAAUAAUGAAGUAGCUCUUACUUUUCUUAAUAAUGAUCAAUUAUCAAAACAAAAUUAUGAACGUGUUUUACUUGAAAUCGAUGCUGAUCCUCGAAUACCGGACUCGAAACCAUUCAUUCAAAUUAAUUCACUUAAUUAUUCUAGUGAUAAAGAUGAAGUACUUUUUAUGUAUGGUUCAAUUUUUUUAAUUAAUAAUAUUACUUGUGGAAAUAAUGGGUUCUAUACAAUUGAAAUGACACUGUAUAAUGAUAAUGAUCAUGAAUUUAAACAAAUUUUUGAUGAUAUGAAAAUGAAAUAUAAUGAUAAACAAAUGAAUCUUUUAAUAUUCGCUCAAAUAUUAUAUGAUUUAGAUAGAUUCGACGAAGCUGAAGAGUAUGUUAAUCUUUAUCUUGAAAAAUUACCUUCAAAUCAUGAAGAUGUUAUUCAAUGUUAUAAUUUACUUGGUUUAAUCUCUUUAAUUCGAAUAGAUUUUAAUACAAGUCUAAUGUGGUAUAAUAAAGCACUUGAAUUUCGAAUACAAAAAUCACCGAAAAUUACUGAUCCAAAUAUUGCAGAUAGUCAUGAAAAUAUUGGUGAUGUCUAUUGGAAACAAGGUUCGUAUGAUCUGGCGCUUAAAUCAUAUACAAGUUCAUUAGAUAUUAAAACAAAACUUCUAUCAUCGAAUCAUCCAUCAAUUGCAGCAACCCUUGAAAAUUUAGCUCGCAUUUAUGAAUCGAAAAAAGACUUUUCACAAGCACUUUCUUGUUUUCAGAAAGCUAGUACUAUAUAUCGUCGAACGCUUCCAUUAACUCAAGAUAAAAUUACACAAAUUGAUGAACAUAUACGACGUAUUUCACAUAUUUUAAAAUAA